UUCCGAUCAGAGCAUUUAGGCAACGAGUAUCUCGCGAUUCCGAUCGAAUCACUGCCCGAUGCCCAUCCAAAACCAAAACCGUAGCGAGUUUAGUGACUCAGCAGAAUCCGAGUUGUAAAGGGCUACAACUGAAAAGACACAAGACUCCCCCUGCCGGCACAGCCAGCACGUCUGGGUCUAGCCGUCUACGUACUACAUAAGCUGGGGGCGUGAGCGGCUCGGACACAAGCUAGCCCAAAGACAACGACUUUCCAGUCCGCCUCGCCUUCCGUCCGGUGUGCGGGGCUUCCCACGCACACGCACGCACGCACGCACGCCCGCCAGGGUCACGAGUCGGACGGGUGCACACAUCAGACAUGGCCACCACCACGACGGUGACGACGACGACGACGACGACGGUGAGCGCGCGCGGGGGCUGCUGCGCCCUCGCGGCGGCCGCGGACGUCGUGCCGCUGCCGGCGUCGCGAGAGGAGGAGCAGCAGCAGCGGCCGGCGAAAGCGGCGGAGGAGGCGCAGCUGCUGCCGCGGCUGGUGCGGUUCGAGGAGCUGCCGGACUACCUGCGGGACAACGAGUUCAUCCACGCCCACUACCGCUGCGAGUGGUCCGUCCGCGACGCGCUCCGCAGCGCCUUCGCCUGGCACAACGAGACGCUCAACGUCUGGAGCCAUCUUGGAGGCUUCUUCCUGUUCCUCUACCUCGCCGUCGCCGAGCCAACGGCGAAGGUAACCGCCGCCGCCGGAGCCAGCGCCGCCCAGGGCAUCGUGACGUUCGUGCUGGCGUCAGCCAACUCCUCGUGGUCUUCGUGGGAGACCAGCAGCAACUCGAGCUUGACGUUGAGCAAUGGUUUAACGACGGCCGUGUUCGGGAGCAGCGACGGCCACGGCCAUGGCCACGCGGUGCCGAGGUGGCCGCGGACGGUGUUCCUGGCGGGCGCGAUGACGUGCCUAGCCGUGAGCGCGGCGGCGCACCUGCUGGCGUGCCACUCGCGGCGCUUCAGCCGCCUCUUCUGGCAGCUGGACUACGCCGGGAUCGCCGUCAUGAUCGUGGCCUCCUUCUUCCCGCCGGUCUACUACGCGUUCCUCGGCCUGGCGCGCACCCAGCUCGUCUACCUGUCCGCCAUCACGCUGCUGGGCCUGCUGGUGGUGGCGCUGCUGCUGGCGCCCGCGCGGUCGUCGCCGCGCCUGCGCCACCUCCGCGCGGGGCUCUUCGUGUCCAUGGCGUUCUCCGGGGUGCUGCCGGCGCUGCACGCGCUGUGGCUCAACUGGGCACACCGCGAGUGCCACCUCGCGCUGGCGCUCGAGCUCGCCAUGGGGCUCGUGUACGCCGCCGGCGCCGGGUUCUACGUCACCCGCGUGCCGGAGAGGUGGAGACCGGGAAAGUUCGACUGCGUUGGGCAUAGCCACCAGAUCUUCCACGUGCUCGUGCUCGCCGGCGCGCUCACGCACUACGCCGCCACCGCCAUCCUCAUCGACUGGCGAGAGGCGAUGGCCGCCGCUGCCGGUGGGGCGUCGGCGCUCUUGUGACUUGUGAUUCCAACGCAGUGCAAUGUAUAUGUAGGUGAUGGGAGCGCUAUCGAUUCAUUCAUUCUUUGUACUUGUACGCGAUGUAAUCGAUUUAUUUUAUGUCAAAUCGAAAUAUUUCUGCA